AUGACCAACAGAGACCAGCAGGGGGAGACAGAGUUCAUCACAUCAGCUGGGAUCAGGUCAGGCUUCAGUGGAUCUCUGUGACAUUAUUGAAGAUCCUGGAACCAACAGGCCUGAGGUGAGGGUGCAAAUGUACUCCAGAACCAGAACCAUCAUGAGAUAAAAAUAAGAGAAAGUCUUUGUUAACAGGACAACUGGACUAGUUUGAGGGGUCAAAUAUUUACAGAUAUUUAUGGCUAAUAAUAAUGAUAAUGAUAUUAAUAAUAUAAUAAUAAUAAUAACAACAACAAUAAUAAUAAUAAUCGUAAUAAUGGUAUUAAUAAAUCUAAUAACAAUAAUAAUAACGAUGAUAAUACUGAUAUUAAUACAACUAGGAAUAAUAACAAUAAUGAUAAUCAAAACAAUGGCAACAACAAUAUUACUACUACUACUAAAUAAAUAAAUAAGUUAAUAAUAAUAAUGUAGAUGAUAAUAAUAAUAAUAAUAAUAAUAAUAAUAAUAAUAAUAAUAAUGUUAAGUUAGCUUGGUUUUGGUGUCAUGAAAACGUGUCAGAGUGAGACGUUACGUCUCAUUUACGCUCUUUCUUCCGGGCCUCUCUGCGCCUGUGCAGAGUCAGAGUGAAACCGGAAGCAGUAGUGAGUGGUCUGUGUUCGGAGAGGAUCUUUGUAGUCGUCCGUCUCUGUCAGCAGCGCGCGGAGCAGCAGCUGCAGAUUUCAGCCAUUUUAGUCUCCUCAUCCACAUCUGCUCCGAACCCGGGUCAGAACCGGACCACGACCGAGACCGGGACCGAGACUGGGUCCACCGAGGACGGGCAGGUGGUGACCCGGGGUGUGAACACGUGACCCGGUGAUGCGGAUCUGCUGAGGACAUCAGAGAGACCACAGACCGGUGAGUAGAGUCCCCCUGACUCCCCCCUGAGUCCCCUCGGUCCCCCUCACCAGCUGUCAAUCAUCCGUGCGCGUUCACGACCCACGGCAGGUAACACGGAGUGAGCGCGCGCUGAUUUCCAGCUCACCUGCGGUCAGACAGGUGUGACCGGGUCCGGAAUCAGCUGGACACAGAGGAGGAUGAGUUCAGAGAGUGAUUCAUGUGUUCACUCUUUAUUAUAGUCACUCAUUCAUUCAUUCAUUCAUUCAUCCGGACAGACAGACAGACAGAGCAGCUAAAGGAGCAGUUCACCGAUUCUGAUUUAAAAUCAGAGGAAAAAAAACUCUUUCAAAGGAUUUUAAAUCAAAAUAAAAGGUUAAAUUCAGGGGGAGGAGUUUUAAUUUCUGUUUUUACUUCAGACAUCAGAGAAGAUCGAGCGAGAUUUAAAGAGAUUUAAUGAGAUUUGAUGAGAUUUAAUGAGAUUUAAUAAUGUUGAUGAGGCUUGAUGAGGUUUUCUUGGUCAGUUUUUAGCCGUUUAAAAUCCCUCCUGGUUGUGAACGCGUGUUUACGGUUUAAAACCAAACUGAAAACCUUUUUAGUUUGACUUUUAACAGAAUUUUAUCUCAUGAACUUGAAGUGUUUUAUCAUUUAUCUCUUUCUAGAUUUAACGACAGGAUCGUCUUUAUUUUAAUGUUCUUAUUUUAGUUUCUUUGACUGUUUUUAUUUCAUUUUAUUGUUUAUUUCUUAAACUUUAUUUUCUGUUUCUUUGUUUUUAGAUUUUAACCUUCAGUGUUUUAAAAUCACGUUUCUUCACAUUAAAACCUUUUUAAGUUCAUGUUUUUAAUCCUGUUUGGAUGGUGGGAUGAGGGUCGGGGUAGAUUUGUUUGUUUUCUUUGUUUCUUUUCUUCCUUUUUCUGUGUUUGAAAACUGAUAUAUCAAUAAAGAUUGAUUGAUUGAUUGAUUGAUUGAUUGUGAACUUUAACCGCAGCAGAAACUCCCUUUAAGGUGGAGUUGAAAUCGUGAUGAAGAUGAUGAUGAUGAUGAAGAGCAGGUAGAUCAGCAGCACCUUCAGGCUGAUCUCUGCCCAGAGUUUUGUCUGUCAGGCUGAACGAGGUUUCCUGUCUGUUCAGUUUAUUCUGUGUAGGAAUUCAAAGAGGUCAAAGGUCGCCGCGCCGCACAGUGAAUGUGGUGGAGCAGGAUGUUUGAGUGACAGCUGAACACACCUGAAAUACCUGAACCUGCUGCUCUCACCUGAACCUGCUCCUCCUGCUCUCACCUCGUCCUCCUCCUGCUCUCUUCUGCUCCUCCUGCUCUCACCUCGUCCUCCUCCUGCUCUCUUCUGCUCCUCCUGCUCUCACCUCGUCCUCCUCCUGCUCUCACCCGGACUCCCUCCUGGACCUCCUGCUGUUCUCAGUUUCGGUGUUUUUCUGAUGACUCAUCACGCCGUCUAACUUUAUCACUCGCUGCGUUGGUUUUUUCUCUUUUUUUUCCUGCUCUCCAGCAGUGAUGCACAUGUUGCCAUGGUGACCUCCUCCAGGCUGGCCGUAACGGAUGGCGUUGAGGACGGCGUGAAUCAGAGCUGUUUGUUGUCACGGCGACCUGUUUCCAUCUGUUAGUUUGAGUUGUUGGAAAAUGUUGAGGAGUGGGAGGUCGUCUCUCUCUCUCUGUUUUAGCGUUCAAGUGGGAAACUCACUGAUGGUUACUGGUCGUCAUGGUAACCAUGGACCGAACUCAAGGACAGAAUGAAAUGCUCUUAUUGGCUGAUGACUGUUAGCUCGCCGCUCCUCACAGGAAGUUCAGACUGUUAAAAGUCGAUUUCAAACUAAAACGCCGUUUUUUUCCUCAGUGACGUCCUGUUGUUGUUGUUUUUGUCUCCCUCACAGUGAAGCAUCAUGGGAGACGGCAGAUGGAUGA